GCUGACAUUUUUAGUUUACAAAAGUCAAAACAAACUUGCACGAAGCCACUAGGUAUCAAGAACUGUAACAUACACGUAGAUAUUUUUAUUAUAGCUAUAACACAAAUAUAUUUAUUAAUAUAUAACAAAAGAAAUGUCUGAAGAGAAAAAUCCAAAAUCCAAUGGAUUGGGGGGUGACCCGAUGCAAAGACUGGCAUCAUUAAAAGGGCCUCGUGAUCUCAUGCUUGGAGCAGGCAAAGCUAGUAAAAAAGUUUUCGUUCCUAAUUUAAACGUGGCCAGAAAUAAAAAUAAAGGCCCAUCAACUGCAAAUGCAAGAGAGCAGAAGAAAGAUGAGCGUGGUAGGCGAGACCGCAAGGAUGACAGGAACAAGAACUUUAGGAAUGGCUCCAACAUCAUCAAGUCCAGUGGAGUGUUCUCAGAAGGGCUGGGAGCUGGUUCCAGAAGGCACAUUGAAAGAGGUUCAUAUAGCCGGGAUUCUGAUCCAUCUCCUGUCUUGCAGAAGCCUACCAUAAGGGUCAAAGAUGUUAUCAAGAUUGACAAAGAGCUAGAAGAGCAGAAGAUCAGGUCCGUGAUGGGGGAGAGCAGCAAUGGUGUUGAUGAGGACAGCCUGGACUUCAAGGAGGUGCUGGAUAAGGAUGCGCCCAUCAAGCUGCCUAUGGACGAUGGGAAUUGGUCGACUACCACAGCCAAGCCGAAAGUAAAGGUGAAGCAAGAGGUGAUAGUGAAGAGAGAGCCAGGAGACGACGUCGACUGCGCUAUAACACAUGUUGAGGAGAAACCGGACGUAAAGGAAAUGUUCGAGAACACAGACGUGGUCAACUUACUGAGGACAGAUAAAUCAACACUUAUACUGCUGCAGCUGCCGGACUCGUUACCAGGUCGCGGCGGUAGUGUAGACGACGACGCGCCGCGACGGAAGGCCAACAACGAUCCCUCCACAUCUGCUUCUACUGGCGAGACGGAAGAGAAACAGCCAGACAAUAGAUGCCGCCUGGCCGACCUGGAGGAAGGCCGUAUCGGGAAGCUGUUGGUGCACCGGUCGGGGCGAGUCAGUCUCGCACUCGGCGACACUAUAUUUGAGGUGUCAAUGGGUACCAAAGCAUCAUUCCACCAGGAGGCAGUCUCCAUGGGUGUUAAUGAAGGAUCCCGCUCUGCUAACCUGGUGUCCCUAGGUCCAUUGCAUCACAAACUGAACAUCCUGCCAGAUUGGGAAACCAUGUUCCGGGAUAUGCCAAUAUAAUGGCCUCUUAUGAACGUAUUUUAUUGUAAAUAAGUAAAUUGUAUAUUUAAACUAA